AUGUUAGAAACUAAACAUUUUGAAAUAGCCCGUCGAGGCUUAGGCCCGAAAUCAUCUCUCUUCCAUCGAGCGCGUUCGGCAAUAGGCGAUCUCUUUUACGAGCGAAGCCGCAAUACCAUUAAAGGGAUGGGGCAUGGGCCACGAGCGACAAGACGAGAGAAAAACGCAAUGCCAAUAACUGAGGAGUUAGUCAGAUCCCUUGUAGGCCAUCGCGGCCCGCACCGAUACAAUAUCGUUUUCGAUAUUUGUCUCGCGGCCGGAUUUCUAAUCGAAUGGAUGCGCCAUUCUGUGCAAAACUCAUCAACUACACAAACUUUACUAAUUGCGCCUUUUAGGCGGUGUCACUUCACUUCUACUUCGUCUAAGUCAUCCGAUAGGACUACGCCGUGGCAGCGUAUCCAUUUGGAGACACGGUGUUUGCAUGUAUUGUGCGAUUGUCCGACGAGCAUCUUCGAGGCAGAAGCUGAGAACGGUCGACUCCUCGACGAGAGUCCGCAAUACGAGACUUGCAGAUAUCAUAGAAGAGUCUCUUUUUACGAGUGUAAAAUUGAAAUAGUGACACACUCCAUGUCGGUGUCGAAGGAUUUUCAACUUGUUGUCGUGUUAGAAGUCGUAUUAGUUGAGACCGCUAUUACAUCGCUCCCAAUGAAUCUCGUCACCGGCCUUCGGAAAAUCGCUAAUGAGGGGUGA